AUGCCUGAUGAGCCAAUACAAUCGCCUGGCAGGACUGCAUCAGGAAAACCGCGCAAACCCCGAAACAAGAGCUUUUCAGGCUGUUGGACGUGUCGCGCGAAGCACGUCAAGUGUGACGAGGCCAAGCCGUCAUGUAAUCGUUGCCGAAAUGCAGGCAUUGACUGUGAGGGUUAUGGCGUUAGACUAUCAUGGGCCUCUGUGAGGAAUCCCACUACUUUCAAGAGGGGAGGCAAACGAAGGUCAACGCGUCUGACUUCUGAGAGACUUCGUCGGUCGAGCGAUUUGCCGGCAGUUGGCGAAACAGCAUCCGAGCCAUCUGAGCAUGGCGCUUCGUCUGCUAGUGACUUGGGCGACGAAGAUCUUGGUGAAGGACCUUCUGAUAAUGGACCCCCAGACCUGCAUUCUGAACCCUCAUCAACCCCGAGGACUUCGAACCACACUGAACAACCUGGCCUAGCUCAGGAUCUCUACACUAAUCAACUCAACACCCGAAUAUUUCACUCAUACGAACUCUUGCGCCAGGGUCUAACAACGGGUCCCCCUUACGCUUCGCUUCCAACUGUGCAGCCUCACCUUCCACUACUACAAGUUGAACAGAACUUCGAUCAAAGUCCCAUUGUCCAAGCCGAAACCAACACAUCAACCCCUGUCGGCACAAAUGAUGUCGGCACAGGCUCAUUGCCUUUGCCUAGUGUACCCGAGUCAGCAUCUCAUGCAUCGUCACCGUCCAACACGCAAACCAUACCGCAGAAGAUUACCCGACACAUCGAUAUUCUUACAAACCCCGGUCUUCAAUGCGAAUUGAUGCAACACUGGACUUUAAAUCUUUGCGACUCUCUGAACCCAGUGCCCGGUAUCUACAACCCUAUGAGAAGUGCAAUGAUGCCCAUAGCCUGGGAGGGAGCGCGUACCGAUUCGAAAACGUCAACGGGGGCAACGAGCUUGUUCCAUUUCAUAUGCUCAGCGUCGGCGUUCCAUCUUGCAAAGAAAAGAGAGACGCCAGAGUCAAGACGUAGUCUGGAGAAUGUAGCUCUUGAGCAUCACAACCUUGGGAUCACGCACCUUGCUCAAAAUAUCCGCCAUUCGAACGAUGGCGCCCAAUGCGUAGCGCUGCUUGCUGCUGUGAUAAUCUGCAUCAUGAAUGAAGCUGUCACACUGCCAACUUCAUUUUGGCGAUUACACUUUCGUGGGGCCGUUGAAUGGGUCAACCAUAUUGACCCGCAAGUCUGGCAUCGUAACGAGGCGGCUUCUAGCAUUUACUACAUGUUUCGAGGUAUGAACACAGUGGUUCAGACACAGUUGCUAUACGACAUACAUGGAACUUCAUACUGGGAUUUCACGAAUGACCUUGGUCCACAACCUGAGCCCUACUCCUUAUACACAGCAUUCGGCCUUCCGCAGCCGAUCUUCCACGGCCUGCGGGCAAUGAACACUCUUGCCAUGCGCAGAAAGUCCCCAAGUGAUAGCAACCCCACGCCUGAUGAACUCGACCGUCUGGAACUUGAACUUUAUCUCUCGGUGCCUAGUAAACCAGACAUAUCAGCAACGAAAGAAUAUUCAGAUCUGAUUUACCACCACGGUUUUACCUUUUACUACUCGGCCCUAAUCCACAUGAAGCGCACUCUGAAAGACAUGCCCCUCGUUGAGGUUCAGCCACUUGUUGAGAAAGCGCUACCUCAUCUUGAAGCUCUACACACAUGCACCACUCAACGCUUUUCGCCAAUGAUUUGGCCGGUGGCGAUGAUAGCGUUUGAGAUUGCUGACGACGCGAUGCAGCAACGUAUGCUCAAGUGCCUGAAUCUUUUGUGGGAGAGAUCGGAACUAGCUAUCUGGACGCAGAUUACGCAUCUUGUCAAGGAGCUUUGGGCACUAAGGAAGAGAGAAGGCGCCAACAUUAAAUGGUACCAUACUGCGUUGGGGUCCAUGACUGAUAGCUUCAUGUUAGUGUGA